AUGGCAAACGGAGCAAGCAUCAUCAUCGGGCUCGUCGUAGUCGUAAUCGCCUGCGUCGCGGGCUGGUUCUUUGCGCCUAAAGGCGAGACACAAACAAUUUGGCGCAGUUCAUUGAUCCUCUCAUUCGCGAGUUGCUAUCUCAUGUGGGCAAUCACGUUCCUGGCACAAUGGCAUCCUCUUAUCGUUCCACGGCGCGGCGGGCUGAGAGAGUUUGCAGUGGAUGAGUAA